AUGUGGAUUAAAAAGAUAUCCAAAGGAGGAAAACAUGUUUACAGCUGCAUUGCACUACAUGCUGUAGGGAACGUAACAAGUUUAAACAAUGUGACCCUGACUGUAAAUGGUAAGUUUUGUCAGAGGAAACAUAUCAUGAAGUAGUUAAUUUCGAUCUUAUAUGAUUUCGUGACGCUUUAAAUAUUUUAGGUCACAAGUUACGUCUACCUUAUUACCCUCAGUUCUCGUAAAUAACCAGGGCAUCUUCAAAUUGUGAAAGAAGUGAUAGAAAAGUGUCGGGUAUGACAAGAGUGACACCCCCACAGGUCACAUGUUCAAUAUAUGGUAUAUACUUAAAAGCAAAUAUGUAACUCGUAUUAACAUUGCCAACGGUAGCUGAUUCUUUUUCUUGAAAAACAUUUCAUUUACCCAAACAUUUUGAAUGUAAUAACUCGAGUCAUUAGUUUCAUAAAAAGUAUGUUUGUUCACAUCCUCGGAAACCCAGGGGCAGUCAGUCGAGUCGCGAGCAUAGCAAGCAUAAUCGCGCCCUAUUCCGACUGGGUCUCCGAAGGUGGUUUUGUCCAUUACUCAUUGACCUUAAAUUAUAAACAGUAGUGAAUCUCAGUCACGUUUAAUAACAACAAUUACAAUAACUAACCUGCAAAAGUGUCCGUAACUGCAAGAAACAUCCGUAAAUGUAUAAAGCAUUUUUGUUAUUCGGAACCACGCAAUCAUCAUCAUCAUUAUAAUUUGUCGUGUUUACAUUUCUAUGGGUACAUUCGUUUUGCCUUAUGUUUUUGUUUUUUUGGAAGGUUUGUUCUUUGUAUGAGUGGAUGUAAAACCAGUGAUAAAGUUAUAACUUUUAGCUUCUGUAUAGCAAUACGAUUUCAGUCAUUAUGUUCAGUCUUAGUCUUCUGUCGUUUAAUAGGUGUUUUUAUCAGCUUUCCUCUUGGUAAUUAUUUUCUGUGGAUAUGACGCUUAUGUUAUUUGUCAUUCUAAAGUACAGUUUUGUUUAUUAUCAGUAAAAAUUAUGUACAAUGGAAAGUAAUAUGCAUUCUUUUCUUAGUUUCAGCGUCUGUAAAUCAAAUAGAGAACAAGACUUUCGUGGAAGGUGACAGUGUAUUUUUAUACUGCAAUGCGACGGGAUUUCCUGCCCCAUUUGUUGUAUGGUCAAAGACUGGCGGUGGAGUGAUCAGCCAGGAUAGGUGGCUAAACAUCACUAAUAUCACUAAAGCGGAUAGGGGACAGUACCAGUGCUUUGCAAACAACACUUGUGGGAGUGAUGUCAAGGUUACAAGCAUAAAUGUGCAAUGUAAGAUUUUAAAAUUGAUCACUCUUUAGUCUUAGUUGGCUUGAGAGUUCUGUAAUUAACUUUAGUUUGCUGACCUCUUUAAUUAAAAUGGGUUUUAAGCGGACUGUAGCUGCAGGCUCGAAAUGAACGCUCUCUUGAAGGGACAGUGUCAUCUAAUUUUUAGUAGCUUAAUAGUAAAUAAAAUUAUUUUUUCCAUGUAGAAAGGCUUCAAGACUUUGUGGUGGAACAUAUCCAUAAAUAGUUCUUGUUAUGGAUGCCGACCAUGUAACGAUCUACUCUUUGCUGAUCUAUUUUUCUCUUUUUGUCUUUCUGCAGUUAAACCUGAAAAUGUUAAUUUAACUGCAAAUGUCACAACCAAAGAAACAUGUCUAGGUUGGAUUGUAAAGUUCACAUGUACAGCUGAUGCUAACCCAGCAGUCGACAAAUAUUCUUUGUAUGAAAAUGAUACCAUUGUCGAUAUGGACGUUUCAGGAGUAUGGAUCAGGCCACUAAACAAAUCUAACCAUGUUGUUUACAGAUGCGAGGCUAACAAUUCACUGGGCAAUAAAAAAAGCAAUAGCAUUCUUUUUAUAGUUGGAGGUAAGGCUCAGUAUAGGGUGUUUAAUGAAAUAGAUUUUGAUAUUUCACAACGGCUUUUUUGUACGUUUACUUAUUGACUUGUAGCAAAUUUUUAGCAAAGCACAUGCAGAUAUACGGAUCAGGAGAUUUAAAUUGAUUGUGGCAAAUUAUCUGACCUCCUUGGUCUUGGUUGUAUUGUCUUAAUUUACAUGUUAGACGUUACAACUACACUGAGAUUCAGCAUUAAAACAGUCUUUCGUUGCUUGUACAACUACAAACCCAUGAAAGUGAAGAGGAAAGGCUCAUGGAUUGCAUCAUUGGGGCAAAUAAAUCUGAGGACUGGAUGGCCACUUAACAGCCAUUUUAUUAGAUGUACAAAAUAUCAAAAUUCAUUGUACUAAAUGCAUGCGCCUUAUUACCCUCCUUUACUCUUCCUUUAUUUCCUUUUCCAAAGUAGAAAAAAAAAAUAGAAAACAAAAGAAAAGCAGUUAUUUCAGUGUUUUUGACGGCUUUGUACUUUGCGUUAUAACUUUGCAAUUGUUCAAUCAUUUUAAGCUUUUCCUCUUUCUUUUCUUUCCUUUUCUCAGUUCCAGCGUCUGUAAAUCAAAUAGGUAACGAGACUGUCGUGGAAGGUGACAGUGUGUCUUUAAACUGCAAGGCGAUGGGAUCUUCUGCUCCAUUUGUUGCGUGGUCAAAGGUUGGCGUUGGAGUGGUCAGUCUGGAUAGGUGGCUAAACAUCACUAAUAUCACUAAAGAGGAUAGGGGACAGUACAAGUGCUUUGCAAACAACACUUGUGGAAGUGAUGUUUCGUUUACAAGCAUUAACGUACAAUGUAAGAUCUUAAAAUGAAUUACUCUUCAGUAAGCUUGACAAUUUGAGUUUGUUUGAGAACUCCAAAGUAUUCUUUUGAUUGACAAUCGCAGAACUUGGUGAUUGAAUAAUUAAUGUUUAUUAUUUUGUUAGUUUUGUAUUUCCUUUGUUUUAACUUGACUUAUCAUUGAAGACUUUUGUAAGUAACCCCUUGUAUGGAACGUGCGCACUGUAAAAAGUCUCCUCAGUCUGGUAUGGGGUGAAUGUCAUUGAAUUAGGGAGGAGGAAUGGGAAAAGGAAUCCUGUAAAAUUUCUUACGAUGCAGCCAGUUCGCUCCCUUGAAACUAGCAUUUCACAAUUUUGUCUAAAACGAAGAGAAGAACUAUACUGGAAUGUUUUCCACAACUGAUUGUGUCAGCUUUUAAAAAGCAGUCAUCGCCCUGUAAAGUUCACAGAGGGACUUACUGCAACCACUUCUAUAUAUCUCAUAUCGUUGGCUUAGGCCCUGUACUCUAUAACACCUAUGAAUAAAGGGCGCAAGUAAGAGAGCACAACAAGAUACAGAUUAAACACCCUAUACUUUUGUACUGCAGAUUACAAUAUAGUAAGUUACAGUUACUGAAUUUUAUACUUAUUAUUUACUGGGAUGAAUGACUUGACAUAACUUUUUUCCUAUAACCUUGUCAACAGAAAUCGUUCCACCAAGUGUUAUUUAUUCUAGAACCACUUGUUCAUCUACAGGCAACGUCGUAAGGGCCGAGUCUUUUUUAAUGCAGGACCAGUUUCACAAUUUUUUUUCCAUUUUUGUGAGAGCCUGCAAAAUAAAGUCCUUUCAAAUUCUACUAUUGUAUACGGGAGUUUACAGGGCAUUUAAAUCAUUUCAAAGGCCAAUCUGUCUGUGUUUAGUGUAGUCGAGUUGUUAACCAAUAACACAUCCUAUUUUUAUUCGUGAAUGAGUGGUAAAUCUUAAGUGAAGAUUUAUAAGAAAAAUACUAAUAAUGAAUAUGUAUUACAAUAGACUACGAGUAGGCCCCCAUUUUUCCUCAGGGAUAGUAGAGCGAGCGAAACGCCAUAGCGCUUGAAAAUCACCCCACGCGAGAAAAGCGAGACGCGUUGUCGCCUUUUCUCGCGUGGGGUGAUUUUCACGCGCGCUCGCGUUUCGCUUGCUCUACUAUCCCUGAGGACAAAUGGGGGACUACUCGUAGUCUAGUGUUACAAGUAACACCAAAUGUUACUAAUUAAAUUGUGGUAGAUUAACGUACAAUGUACAGACAUAGUGCCUGACUUGAUAUGGUUAACUGAAGAAAGUUAAUUCCCAUCCAUUCCUUUUUUUGCAGAUACACCAAAAAAUACUCUUUUAACUGCAAAUGUUACAAGCAACGAGACAUGUCUGGGUUGGAUUGUAAAGUUCACAUGUAUAGCUGAUGCUAACCCAGUAGUUAACAAAUAUUAUCUGUAUGAAGAUGAUACCAUUGUCGAUAUGGACGUUUCAGGAGUAUGGAUAAGGCCACUGAACAAGUCGAGGCAUGUUAUUUACAGAUGUGAGGCUAACAAUUCACUUGGCAGUGGAAUAAGCAAUAGCAUCACUUUGAUUGUUGGAGGUAAACUUAUGUGCAAUGUUUUGUGCUGAGCACGUUAAAAAUAAAGAAGUUAAGAGAAUUUGAUGCAUGUGCAUUUAGGUAUGUUGAUGUUUAAGAUAUGAAUUUCGGGUUGGUUGAAAUGAAUGUGACUUCGAUGAUGCUCAAUUUCCUUUUUCCAGUAGCCCUAACUUCAUGUGACGCUUGUGUUUUUUAUUUGUGGUCCUUGGUUAAAUUUUGUAACCUGUGUUAGUUAUCAGUAAAAUUAUGUAUAAUUAAAAGAAAUAAUAUACAUUUUUUUCUUAGUUCCAGCGUUUGUAAAUCAAAUAGAUAACGAGACUGUCGUGGAAGGUGAAAGUGCGUCUUUGAAGUGCAAUGCGAUGGGAUUUCCAGCUCCGGUUGUGGCAUGGUCAAAGAUUGGCGUUGGAGUAAUCGGACAGGAUAGGUGGCUAAACAUUACUAGUAUCACUAAAGCGGAUAUGGGACACUACCAGUGCUUUGCAAACAACACUUGUGGUAUUGAUGUCAAGGUUACAAGCAUCAAAGUGCAAUGUAAGAUCUUAAAAUGGAUUACUGUUCAGUAACUAUAAAUUCGUAGUUAAGUUAAUUACUUUUUCUAGUUCCAGCGUCUGUAAAGCAACACAUACGAGACGUCGAGUAUAUAAGGCAAUAACGUGUUUUUGUAUUGCGAUGCAUCUGGAAUUUCCUCUCCAGUUGCCUGGUGGUCAGUGCUGAUGAGGAACUUAUCAUUGUGGAUGCAAUGGUCGAACAUCACCAGCUCAAACAAUGCUUAAGAUGGGAAAUACGACUGCCUUGUAACAACACUUGUUCGAAGUACUUCUAAAGUGACAAGCAUUCUUGUGCAAUGUUAGAGUUGUAGUUGUCCCUCAAGCAAAACCUGCAUUUCCGAUUUAUCUUUUUCCAAAGUAUGUUGUAUCUUGCUAUUGGAACCUUGAUUAAUAUAUACUUUGAUGACUUUAUUUGAUUUUUUUCUCAACUGUAAAAAAAAAUGUACAAUGUGAAUGUUACUUGUGAAGAUAUUGAUUUUUUUCCAAUUUUUACUUUAAUGCUGUAGCAACCUAAUGCCUUGGUCAGCUUAGAAAGGGUACGCUCAGUGUUAAGUGCAUGUAAUAAAAAAAACCAACCCUUCUUGAUCCCUUAUGCCUGAACAGCUUUAUUACCCAAUUGAGAUAUGGUAUUUAGCCCUUAACUGAUAUCUCUGACACUGAUCAUGGAAGAAAAAGCUGAAAACUCAGUGCGCAGUAAUAUUUAGGGAGUUAUUAUAGCUCCAAGAAUGGAGUAAAAAUUUUAGGUACAGGAUAACCCCUUGUCGGGGGUUACUUUAACUCCUAAUCUAGCUCCAAAUUUGGGGUCAUUUUUACUCCUGAAAAAGAUUUCUUUUUACUCCCAGUCUGGAGUUAAAAUAAGUCCGAAAGUGGGGUUAUUUUUACUCCUGACGUGGGUUGUUUUUACUCUUUUUGGAGUUACUUUAACUCUGAAAGUGGAGUAAAAAUUUUAGGUACAGGAUAGCUCCUUUUUGGGGGUUAUUUUAACUCCUGAAUAUCUGGGGUCAUUUUUACUCCUGAAAUAGAGUUCUUUAAACUCCUUUUUGGAGUUAAAAUGACUCCCCAAAAAUACCCCACCGUAAGGAGCUAAAUUAACCUCACUAGAGGAGUUAUUAUAACUCCUUGAAAAUUACUGUGUGUGUACAGACAUGGGACGCUCGAUUUGGAUUACGACAGGAAGCAGGGCGUUUUUAGGCAGGAAGUGCCUUUUCUUUAUACAGCAUUAACAAAGUAGUGAAGAUUCAUCGCAAGCUGAUAAUAAUUUUAGACCAUGAAAUCUUUCUUAGAGAGGCGCCUGGUACGCGUAAUAUGGCACAGUUCGUUCUCAAAAGUUAAAAACGUGUCCUGAUGUUCAAGAAGACCUUUCACUCAGAUGAACCACUCAUUAAACAUUAUCUUCUAAGCUGCACAAGCGAGCUCUGCUAGUUGACCUCGAUAUCUCUCAAUUACACGAUUAUGGUAUCCUUCUGGUCCAUUCGACGUAGAGAUAUUCGCCGUCAAGAAACCGCCUCAGUUAAAGAUUUGAGCAGUUAUACCAGUAAAAAAAAUUACAGCCCGGAAAAUUAACGACUCUUUUGUUAAAUAGUAAUCACUUCUCUCCAGGUUGUUGGUUCUUGCGAAAUUGUCACAAUAGAGUUAGCAAAGUUGUCAGCUGUUUCGGAAUCUGGAGACAGUCGCAGCUUGUCCGAACUUUAGAUCUCGAUUACCUUCGUGUGAAACAAACAAACAUACAAACAAAAAAAUUGUCAGCACUUUUCGUGAGAUAUGCGCAGUUUCCAACAACACUCUGUAUCUGCAUAAUCUCCCUGCCCCCUGGUACUCUUUACGGUACUCGCUCACUCCCUUGUUGAUCAGCUCAAGCUCUCCAAUGACCACAGCGAUCGCGUUUUAUUAACAAUGUCAAUAUCACUGUUAUUCAAACAGUUACAUCACAAAGCUUCACGUUUAGUAUAAAAACCUUUUAAUAUUCUGAAUGUUACUUAUAACAGUCAUUACUUAAGAUACUAACCAGAACUUGUAAGACUGAUCUAUGUGAAUAUCUUGAAUUUAGACAAGAAAAUCUACCCUCAUUUGUUCAUGCUACCUGAAACAAAUUCAUUUGUGCAUCCUUCUGUUAACCCACUCUCCUCUUCCCUUAUAUUUUAUUCUUUAACAAGGGGUCGAAUGAAGUUACAGUCCUUGAAAACUGGUUGCAAUUGCCCACUCCAGAAAAUACCAUAACAUACCAUAAUGCUCUUUGGUUGACACCCCAAAUUUUGCAUAAGCAGUGUUUUCAGUUUCUCGUGGGAGUUAAAAUGGCCCAAGAGAAACUGAAAACAAUGAUUAUGCAAAAUUUGGGGGUGACAAACAAAGAGCAUUACGGUAUGUUAUGGUAUUUUCUGGAGUGGUCAAUUGAGUAUUGUCGAAAAAAAUUGUCGCGCGCGAACUGUUAGAGCGCGCUUGUGUCGUCACUAUUACGCUUUAAGCCCAAAGCAGUCUAGAGUUAAUUUUAUUUUUGACUGAGCUAUUUUUCCCUAGAUGAAACGCAAAAGACACAGGUAUGUUAAUUUGUUAGGAGGGCCUAGGCACAAUAAAUUGGGACUGAUUUUUAUGAGGUUUUUAAAGGAUCUCGCCUUUCAACUCAUAAAAUUCAUGACUUGCAAACACGUUUCAAGCCUACCGAAAACUUUUCAAUAUACGCACUUCUCAUCUUGCUAC